AUGGGCGUCACAACGCGUUCAGCCACGAGCAGCCCGGUCAAGAAGUCUGUCAAAGAAACGUCCGCCGCCGAGUCCAAAUCUCACCGAGAACCUCUGAAGCAUUUUAUCCUUCCCAAGGAUAUCAGUGAGGGGGCACGAUUUCUCCUGUUAUCACACCCUCGAGAUUCCUCCAAGCAGCGCUUUCUCUUUUGCCCCAGUACGGGGUUGUUCCAGUUCACCAAAGUCCAGACACCCUCUACCGAUCCUCGAAGUCUACUUUUCACAAGACGCGCUUUCGAUGCCAAUGAUGGUCCUGCAGAUACGGUUACUGGACUUGUCGAAUCUGACAGACCUCUGAGCAAUGGAUACAUAAGCAAGAGCGCGGAAUUCUUUGUGGCUACUCCAUUUGACAUGGUCUUCAUCUUUUUACCGUUGCUCAUGCCGGCGAAGGCACCAUCGAGCAAGGUGCUGUUUCAGCCUCUGGACGACAUUCUUGAGCAUCAUCUUCAGAAUGACACGCAUUUACGGUACCUUUACGACCACGGACGAAGCAUGAUAGAGAAAGCAUGUUCAAGAUUCUGUGACACAAUUGAGGCUGGAGAUGAACAUAUGUACAGAGCUAGUGAGGAGAAGGUGCUACGCAUGGUCAUGCAAAAGAUCGACAAUGCAGUAGACCAAGGCCUGCCCGCCAGUCUGGAGGAGAAGUUUGUGGCGAGAGCCCUGGAGGCUCCUGUGCUGAGCGUAAAGCGGGAAGACACCGCCAUGUCAACAGUUUCAGCGAAUACGGAGGUACUGGCGCCGGACAUGCUUGAAUCACCUUCUGAAAGCUUUGAAUCACAAUCAACAGCAACGAGUUCAGCGCAGUCUGUCUUCUCUGAGGCAUCCACUGCCAGUUCAGUUAGCACUGUGGUCCAAGACACUGUACCACAAGAGCUGUGCGAUCUACAGAAACGCAGAACAGUUCUCGAGUUUAUUUUAUCGUCUUACUUCCCAGCUUCUUUCGCGGACCGGAUUCGAGCUCGGCUUAACGGAGAGAAUUCUCCCAUCAACUUCGUGCCAUUGGAGGAGCAUCUCAAGUCAAUCGCCGAUAUGAGAGCAAAAGCACUGGCGUCUCGGUCUGUUGACGAUUUUAGCCGAAAACGAGGAUUAGAUGACGACGAAGCACUAGACUUGCGGGCAGAGAAGAAACGGAAGCAGGAAGAAGAAGACAAGAAAAAGAAACUUAGUGAAUCUCGUGGCGUAAGAGAGCUGAAGAAGGUGAAUGUGUCAGGCAUGAAGAAAAUGAGUGACUUCUUUGCAAAGAAGUCUGUUGCUAAGGCCAAGGCGUGA